CAGUUUCAGUUUCGUUUUCUAGCCAAGUGCUAGAUCCGUGUAUUUCAUUGACAAUGUUGCGAUUGACCAGCUCCACAUAUAGUUCCAUAUGUUUUAUUGUAUUUUUAAAUUUUGUGUGGCUGCUGCUGUUGACGACGACGUCCGCCAAGCCGGCCAACUCCAGUGAAUCCAAGCCUACUAAUGGAAUGCAACAUGUGACCAGCUUUGUGGACCAAAAACCGAAAACUGGAGCCCGUGAGGAGUUCGACUUCGAGCGAAAUGAGGCGGAGGCUGUGAACUCGGCACAGUUGCAGGUUCUCUUCGGCAGUUUGCUGCAACUGCCGGGUAAGGGGAAUAUGAGUCUGGAGUUAUCCUUGGAGACGGAUGACGAGCCGGUCAGUGAACGCAACAAGCUAGACGAUGAGGUGGAGGCCACUGGGGAGCAGCACGAGGGCCUCACCGAAUCACCGGAUGCCUGGCAUCGCGUCAAGCUCAAUAUUCCCGUCCUGGAGCCGGUCAAGCACUUGAUCAAUGCGGUGGGCGGCGGCGGAGUCAAUGACACCCAUGUUAAGAGCAACACCCAUCGGCUGAUCGGACACCAUGGCGUCCACGAAACGCAUCAUCCCGCCGGGAACAUCAGCUCGCCCGCAAUCGAAACGGAGGAGGACCGGGAGACGGCCAUCGACAGCACGGGCUUCGAUGUCCUGGAGACUUUGGGCACUGCGGGCACGGUUCUCUUUGGAAUUUUGCAGAACCUUCGAAAGCUAUUCGCUGCCAGCGCUGGAAAUGCCAGUACCGCGUCUUCGGGCGGCGGCGGUGCAGCAAAUUAGUUGGCUUCUUGAGGGGAUUGUGUUCUGUGAUUAAUAUUAGCCCUACGUUACGUCCAUCAAUCUUGAUUUUAACUAAUAAAAUAAACGAUAUAUGAUGAAAGUGACAAAAGUAA